AUGAUGUCUCCUGUCUCUCUGGCUGCUGAUUCGCAGCCGGACCGACAGUUGAAAAUACUAGCUCGAGCUUUCGAAACUCUGCUACUAACAACCCAACAAACCAACAGCAAGGCGAAAUACCUUCAGGAAAGGCUGGAAUAUGCCCAUGAUGAGUAUCUUAAGCUAGCAGACCGAUCCUCCGAAGGACUCGACCCGCACAGCAAGAUUGUGUCGGAGAAGAUACUUGGCCGCGAUUUUGAAUUUGACAACCCCCAGAACCAGGUUCUAAAUUCAGUGGAUGUAGUGAAAGUUCUUUCAGAGUCUGGAAACGUAGGAGAUUCGGGCCUUGCUGCCAUAACAGAGGGGGUGAGGAUUUACAAGUCGUUCCUCAACCCUGAUGAUGAUGGACCAACCGGUAUGGUUGCGACAAGGGCUGGCUCGCUAGAAAGAGACUUUACUACUAGAGGCACGCGUGGAAGUUUGCGCUGCCCUUUCUCGAAGCCUCAAAAGUUGUCCUCUGAAAAUGGGGCCAACGGAUUGGAAACUGCAUUGCCGUUACAAAAUGGUAAUAUGUGCGGCUACCAACAUUUAGAUCCCAUCAAAGAGGAGCAGCAGGAUAGACAAUCAAGUCAAGCUCCCUCUGCGCGUUCGUCAACUCGCUGCCCUGCCUCACGGUGUCCUAUUAGGUUUCUAGAUCAGCAUAGUCCGGAAGAAAUGGCCGAUUAUGUGGAGAGACACAAGCAUGAAAUCCCCAGAAGUCAUGCAAUAUGUGUCAAACGGUACUCCAACAGCUCUCGGCAAAUGGAUGCCAAAUACGGCAACCUCACCAACAUGAUUCGCGGCUUGUCGGAGAAGCAUCGAGCGUUGCUCCCUGGCGACGGCUCACGUACCACUAGCUCUUCGGCGGAACGUGUGGAAAAAUGGGCGGACGGGGUCAAUUCUCAAACUCCGGCUGAAGGCGACGGUAUUGAAAACGAUGAGGACCGAAAGGGCCACUUCGACCGGCCUCUGCGAGAUAUCCGCGUUGGAGAAUCUCCGAGCAGGCCUUGGGGCAUCCACGUUCCCAUACCCCCGGUUCCAGCAUUUAAAUCUGCUGCCCAAUCACCAGCGGCUCCUGACGUGGCCGCGGACAAGCCGUUCGAUGAUGCUGCAACAGGCGCGCCUCAGGGCCGCUGUCCUUUCGGUCACGGCGCAGGCGGCCCUCCCCCGGACCACCCAGCCGUCGAAACGGAGAUAGUUCGCAAUGAAGAACCUGCGCAGACGCCUGAUGGAACAAGUGUGAAGGACGAAAAGGGGACGGAUGAUCUGCCGAAGGCUUCGACAGCGAAUGUCGUGUUCAACGGGCCUGUGUUCUUUGGGUUCUCCGCUGAAGAGACUGCAGCGUUUAUGCAACAACUAGGCAGCCUGGGCAACAACAAAACAUGA